AUGGAGGAGACAUAUGACGCCAUCGUCUGUGGGACUGGCCUGACGGAAUGCGUCCUGAGUGGGCUGCUCUCCGUGAAUGGUUACAAGGUUCUGCACGUGGACCGCAACCCGUACUACGGAGCCGAAUCUGCAAGCCUUAACCUCGAACAACUCUACCAAAAGUUCAAUAAGGGCACCCCGCCAGCCUCACUUGGCCGCAGUCACCUUUACAAUGUAGAUCUUAUCCCUAAGGUGCUCAUGUGCGCCGGUGAGCUGGUGAAGAUUCUCCGUGCCACUGUUAUUGACCGCUACAACAUGGAGUUCAUGCUCAUUGAUAACGCCUUUGUGAUGAAGGAUGGUAAGAUUGCGAAAGUGCCCGCAACGGAAACAGAAGCUCUCAUGUCCCCACUGAUGGGAUUCUUUGAAAAGCGAAAAGCGGCAAAGUUGUUUCAGUACAUGGGAAACUACGACCCCAAAAACCCAAAAACACACAAGAACUACAAUCUUAAUGCCAUGUCCAUGUCGCAGCUGUACAAGGAGUACGGCAUCGGCAACGAUACCAUCGAUUUUGUGGGUCAUGCAGUCGCACUUCAUACGAAUGACGAAUACAUGCAUCGCCCAGCCAUUGAAACAGUGAUGCGAUGCAAGCUGUACGAGGAAUCCUUCAACAUGUACGAUACAUCGCCGUAUGUCUAUCCACUAUACGGAAGCGGCGAGCUGCCGCAAGCCUUCUCCCGCCUCUGCGCCGUGUACGGUGGCACGUAUAUGCUUCAGACACCUGUGGACAAGGUGAACUUCAAUGCACAGGGUGUCUUUGAGUCCAUUGAAAGUGACGGCAAGAAGGCGUAUGCUAAGCUGGUUGUCGGAGACCCCUCGUACUUCCCAGACCGUGUGAAGCCAUGCGGCAAGGUGGUGCGAUGUAUUGCUAUCAUGAACCACCCUAUCCCGAACCUGAAGGUGGAGUGCAACUCUUGUCAAAUCAUUAUUCCACAGAAGGAGUUGAAGCGUAAAAACGACAUGUAUAUCCUGCAGCUCAACGCAAACAACAAGGUAUGUCCUGAGGGUUUCUAUAUUGUCAUCAUUGGCACGACCGUAGAGAACUUGGAAAACCCCAUGUUGGACAUUCAACCAGGAUUAAACAUCAUCGGCAGCACCAUUGAGACGUUUAUUUCGGUAUCCGACCUGUAUGAGCCCAUGGAGGAUGGCAGUACAAGCAGGUGCUUUAUCAGCAACAGCUAUGAUGCCGCGACGCAUUUCGAAAGCGCGGCAGCAAACAUACUUGAUCUCUUCCAGCGAGUUCAUGGAAAGCCGUACGAAUUUGAAAGCAUGAAGCAGCCUGGGGGGGCGGCGGGGCAGGUGUAA